UGUUGUGGUAAAGAACACAUUUGUAGAAUCAAAUGUGUUUAUUUUAUCUUCUGCAUAUUGUGUCAAGAAUAGAUGGGACAAAACAUGAAUUAUUGAACUGGUUAUGAUCUGCCACAGUAAUGCAAUUUUCUUCUAUCUGUUCAAAUUAUGACGUACUACUCCAUAUGACAAUUAUAAGUUAUUCACUCAUAGGAAAUUGUAUUUAUAUAUAUUUAUUUAAGUUAAGUUUCACUGGACGACUCAUGCAGUACUUCUAUCCAUCCAUCCACUUUCAAAUGUCUUCCUAUUUCAUCUGCGUCCCACUCUUGUAUUAUUUGACCUUCUCCCAUCUCUCAACAGUGUACCACUGUCACUCUGUGCUGACCUGUAAGGAGGGUCACAGUGGUCCCACGCAUGAGUCAAUCCAGACUGUGCUGGACCGCAAGUCCUUCAGACCGGCAGUCAACCUCAGCAACCCCACUAUAACCAACAUCUCCUUCACUCUCUAUGCUGUGCUGGGGGUGAAUGAAAAGACCCAGAUUCUCACCACCUUCCUCUGGGUGAGACUGGCUUGGAUGAAUGAAUAUCUGGUGUGGGAUCCUGUGGCUUGUGAUGGCAUCACCAGGAUAUCAUUACCCGCCAGGGAGCUAUGGAGCCCUGACAUCAUUGUCUUUGAGUUUGUGGAUGACGACGUGUCCCAGGAGUGUCCCUAUGUGUACGUCAACCACACGGGUCACAUCCGCUGGGACAGGAUGUUGCGGCUCGUCAGUGCCUGCAACCUGAAGAUCUUCAGCUUUCCCUUUGACAUCCAGAACUGCUCCUUCACAUUCGGCUCCUACAUGCACACCACCCAGGAUGUGAAGUUGAGUGCAGCCUUGACAUUUGAGGAGAUGUCGGGGAACUCCAAGCGCUAUCUGGAGGCCAGCGGGGAGUGGGAGCUGGUCACCAUCGUAGGGGACACUUCAAUCCUUAAAUUUGGCAUAGACGAGUGGGACAUCAUCACCUUCUGGGUGGUCAUCAAGCGGAGUCCGUUGCUGUACGUGGUCAACCUCCUGAUCCCCAGCUCCUUCCUCAUGCUCAUCGACAUCCUGUCGUUCUACCUGCCGCCUCACAGCGUCGACCGCGCCUCCUUCAAGAUGACCCUCAUCCUGGGCUACACCGUCUUCCUGCUCAUCAUGAACGACCUGCUCCCCAGCACAGCCAACGGCACACCGAUCUUAGGUAUCUAUUUCUCAGUGUGCCUGGCUCUGAUGGUCAUCAGCCUGAUGGAAACCGUCAUCAUCACCUACGUGCUCCACCACAACUCCCUGAAGUAUCGCGAGGUGCCCCGCUGGGUGCGUGUGGUCGUCCUCAAGCACAUCGCCCGCCUCAUCUGCUACCGUUGGCCGGAGCGAGACUCGCUUGCUUCCGGAACUCAGACGGACAAAGGAAACCGGUGUGAACCGGCCCAGGGGCCCUGGAUCAUCCAACCAUCAUCAGCGGCCCACUCCCCCUCUCACCACCCUGACAGCAAUAAGGGUCCUGUGGCGACAGUAGCGACUGUACCAGAGCUGAAGCAGAUCAGCAAGGACCUGAGCGCUCUGCGGGCCCAUCUGACGUCACUGCAGAAGGAAGGACAGCUGCUGGACCAGUGGUGCCACGUGGGCUACGUUCUGGACUUCCUGCUCUUCCGCAUCUACCUGUUCAUCAUUACCUGCUACGCUCUGGUCAUCAUCUGCAUGUGGUGCGUCUGGAUCAACCAGUGAAGGGCUGGAAAUGGUGUGUGUGCGUGUAUGAGGGGAAAGAUGGGGGAAAACGGCUGUGUAACAAGUGUGUAAGCCUGUAGUUUUAGCACUGUACAUGUAGUACAGACAGUAUACACGUAACCUACUCUUACAGUACAAUAUGUUCUCUCUCCUGCUUUUUGAAAGCUCUGUGGUGUGUGUGUGAGAGCCCUUUGCUAUUAUCGGCCUCGUUAUCCUUCCAGUUAAUUAGCACCUGACUUAGCCUGCUGCACCUGAGGUGACAAAACAGUAAAAUGGAACACGGUCAUUAAGACACUGUUCUGAGUGCUGCUGUGUCAUGUCUGUUUAUUAGCUGUUAGCUUGCUGCUAACUUACUACUAAACAUUUGCUCUGUCGAAUACAAUUCAAUAAAAAUAACCAACGGUUAACAGUCUGACCAGUCUUUUAUUGUCAUCAUAAUUAUAUAACAAUUUAACACAAUAGUAAUUUUUAUUGUAAUAUACAUUUUUUUCAGUAGUGCACUUCAACCUCCUCACACCUCCACAUAAAAAAGAAGUUAAUAACUAAUAAUAGUUCACUGGGCUGGGGAGGCCUUGAACAAGUCAAGUAAAGAAACUUAAUUCAGGACAAAAAUUUGAAUAAUCACAAUACAGUGUUUUUCUUUAAAGCAGCCUUGUUAAAAUCAAGUCUGUCACACAACUCCAGUCACUGAGACUGUUAACAGAUCCACAAAGAACAGAACGUAUUCCGUAUUCCAUGGUAUAACAUAUACCAUUGAGGUGUAUUGAGACUGAACCUCAGCUAAAACCGACUUCAGAACCAAAACUGAAAAAUGGCUGACACCUGUGUCAGGCGAACCCCAUUGGUAAAUAAAGCUAAGAUACCUCCCCAACCACAGACGAGUCAGUGCAAUCAAAUCAAAUAAAUCUAUAAAGAUGCUCUCGCAUGUCACAUACGCACACAAUGAGAAAAAGGGAAAUAUUAAGUGCCUUCUUAGGCUGGUGCAAAAUGCUUGCUAAGAAAUACAUUGACAGCAGUUGCAGAGGCCCGCACACACACACACACACACACACUCUCUCUCUCUCUCUCUCUCCAUUGCACACCCAUAAUAUUUUAAGUUCUCAAAACCUCACGUACAAACAAAAACAUUCCCUCAAACACAAACAAAGCAGCACAAAUAUGGCGCCUUCAUUGUCUAAUCUUAAAAUAUAUCAGCAACACUGCCUGAAAGUCUCCUAAUAAUGUCCAGUUAGAUAAACUCCUUUUCUCUUUGCAAAGUUCAGUAGCUGUAGCUCCACCACUAAAUACUGUACACCAGACCAAGAGGCAAGUAGGCCUAUCUAAAAUAGCAUAAAAUAGGAGAGAGCCUUAGAACACAUAGAUUCCUUAAAUACUUUGAAAUUAUUCUACAUGUUUAAAAUGGCAAAAUCUUGACUUGAAUGACAGGAUCAUGACAUAUUUGCACUUGGUUAGAGCAGCAACCCACACAAUCACCCUAUAUUUAAAGUUUAGGCCGAGAGACGUUUUUUUUUUUUUUUUGCGAAGCUAGUGUGGCCAAUCAAAUCCAUAACAAAGUCGUUCCCGGAAGCUGUACUUUUGGGGGAGAACGAGAGCAGUAGAAAGAUGGAGGGGGGGGGGGGGGGGGGGGGGGAAGAGGGAUGAGAAG